CCCCACUAUGACGGCCAGCCCGUCGUCGCCCUUCCUUUCCCCACAGUCCGUCGCCGACGCGCCCGCCACCAUCAACAUGCAAGAUCUUCAGCGCUCCACUCCUUUACCCGACGACGAUGCCCUCUCGUCGUCGUCGUCCCCCGCUCCCGCCGCUUCUCACUCCAACAACAAGAAGGAGCCCAAGAAGCGCAAGUCAUGGGGCCAAGUCCUCCCCGAGCCCAAGACCAACCUGCCGCCUCGCAAGCGUGCAAAGACGGCCGAUGAGAAAGAGCAGCGCCGCAUCGAGCGCGUCAAGCGUAACCGUCUCGCCGCCCACAACUCGCGCGAGCGUAAGCGCGAGGAAAUGGACAGGCUGACUGCGGAACGUGACCACUUCCGUGACACCUUCCGCCGCGUCUUCUCGCAGCUCAAGCAGCUCGAGAGUCAGAACGAGUGGUAUCGCGCCCGCGCAACCGAGAAGCUCCCCGAGCUCCCCAACAUGUCGGCCAACAUCGAAAAGGACAACUUCCUGUUGUCGGCAAUCAACGGCACCCCGGCCCCCGAGCUCCCCUUCUCAGCUCCCACUCCCGGCCCCACCUCCACACCGGCCUAUGUCGAGGACACUUCGAGCAUCAAGCGUGAGACGUCUGUCUCUAGCACCACCAUGAACCCGCGCGAGGCUUCUUUCUCCAGCCCCGCGGUCAACUCGAUGGACUCGUUCGCCAUGUCCUCCCUCGACUCCCUCGACCCGUUUGGCACCAACUGCCGCGAGGGCUCCUACGCCAGCCCCACGUCUCUCGAUGACGGGUCCUACGACUCCCCCAUCAACACCGCCUCACAACCGGCGACGCCGCGCGACGAACGUGAGUCGACUGUUGCCGAACCCGACUUGGCACAACAUUCUGCAGCAAUGUUGUGUUGGUUUGACCUGCAGUGUCAGUCGGGUUCCAGCAGUUCGGCCUCGAGGGCGCCGGCAAGUCGCUCGACUUCAACUUUAGCGACUUUCUUGCUGUUCCUAACCAGCCUCAUGUCUAUGAUGACAUUUCUUUCGGCUUCGGCAUCAACGACCUUAUCGCCGACCCUCAGGAGGACAAUUUCUUCCAGGCUGCUUUCUCUAAUGACAACAUGGGAACCCUCGGCUCUUAUGAGCCCUCUGGCAAGUCUUAUGACCUGCAAACCGACUCAGGCGCAACUUCUUCUGUUAGCGACGGGUCAGGAAUUGCUGCGUAAGCCAAGCUUCAGAGUGGCCGGUAAGAUCUCGAGGUCCCCCCAUGCGAUCAACCGAGAAAGGGUUUGGAGAAAGGCCCUCCGGUCAUUUUCACGCGAGUUUGGUUUACGAUCGAGACGAGGAUGGAAGAAGAAUCAUCACAUGGGAGCACCGGCGAGUGUAACCACCAUGGGAACUAGGCAGCUCCGACACAACCAAGUCAGGGCGUAGGGUUGGCCGGCGUUUACAGGGUGUUUUUUUGAAAACGGACAACUGGG